AUGAGCGGCGGCGGCGGCGGCGGCGGCGGCGGCGGCGGGGGGCGGGCGGGCGCCAUCAGCUGCGCCCUGCCCUCCAUCCCCUCCAACAAGCUGCCGGACCUGCGCUUCCUCAGCCGCGGCGCCUACGGCACCGUCUCGGCCGCUCGCCACGCCGACUGGCGGGUCCCCGUGGCCCUCAAGUGCCUGCGGGGGCCGCUGCUAGAGAGUGACAGAGAUCACCUUCUGAAAGAAGCGGAGAUACUUCACAAAGCCAGGUUCAGUUACAUCCUGCCAAUUUUAGGAAUUUGCAAUGAACCUGAAUUUCUGGGGAUAGUAACAGAGUACAUGACAAAUGGAUCAUUAAAUCAGCUUUUACACGGGAAGGAUGCAUAUCCUGACAUUCCCUGGUGCCUGAGAUUCCGAAUCCUUUAUGAAAUUGCUUUAGGAGUAAACUAUUUGCACAACAUGAAUCCUCCAUUGCUGCACCACGACUUGAAGACCCAGAAUAUUUUACUGGAUGAUGAGUUUCAUGUUAAGAUUGCAGAUUUUGGCUUGUCAAAAUGGCGUGUGAUAUCUAUGUCACAAUCACGAAGCGAAAGCUCCUUGCCAGAAGGAGGGACUAUUAUCUACAUGCCACCUGAAGACUACAAUCCCAGUCAGAAAACCCGCGCAAGUGUAAAACAUGAUAUUUACAGCUAUGCAAUUAUUAUGUGGGAAGUGAUGGCAAGGAAACAGCCUUUUGAAGAAGUUAUAAACCCCUUGCAGAUAAUGUAUAGUGUAUCACAAGGACAGCGACUAGACUUAAGUGAAAAAAGUUUACCAAUGGACAUUCCUCAUCGAGCACUUGUCACAAAAUUGGUAGCAAGUGGAUGGGCACAAAAUCCAGACGAAAGACCAUCGUUCUUAAAAUGUUUGAUAGAUCUUGAACCAGUCCUGAGAACAUUUGAUGAAAUAGCUAUGCUAGAAGCAGUCCUUCUUCUAAAGAGAUCAAAGUUGCUAUAUGAAUCACAGUGUAUUCACAAGAGUGGAAAGAAGACAAAUGCAGAUCAGACAUCUCUAAAUAUACCUCUGAAUCUUAAUCCACAAGAGGAAGUGCAUUCUGCCUCCAUACAAUAUGAGGCACUUCCCCUUCAGAGCAUCCCUCCAGAUGUAUCAACAUUCAAGUCUGUUCCCAAGUACAAUAUCCUCUCAUCAGAUGGAAAUUCAGGAGGUCUACACUCCCUCAGCAAUGAGAGCAUGGAUGAAAAUCUCUCUGUUACCCAGAGUGCUAAACUUCUUGCGCAUCCAUACAGUUAUUCUCCCUCAUCUGACAAGAGCAUUUCAAGUGCCUCAAAUUCCGCUUCAUGUAUGCUGCGGUCAUCACCAAUUCCUUCAGAUAUUGUUUUGGAAACUAUACAACAGAAUGUAGCUCAUCAAUGGAUCCAAAGUAAAAGAGAAGAAAUUAUUGAUCAGAUGACUGAAGCAUGUUUGAAUCAAUCAUUAGAUGCUCUUCUAUCAAGAUUUUUACUGAUGAAAGAAGACUAUGAACUUAUAACUACCAAACCUACAAGGACAUCAAAAGUCCGACAACUGCUUGAUACCUCAGAUAGCCAAGGAGAGGAAUUUGCCAGAAUUAUAAUACAAAAGUUGAAAGAUAACAAGCAGCUAGGACUUCUGCCUUAUCCAGACAUUGCAUCUAAUUCUCUAAAACUGCAUCUUUAAAUUUACUGUUUCUAUAUGAAGCCAUGUAAAUAUUUCUUACAAGAAGAAUUCUUAUUUCUCUAUGGUAGUUUUAUAUCUGUGCUGCUUUGUAAUUAUUAUGCUUUUGAAUGGUCUCAGAAGAGACAUUGGGUUCACCUAGACUGCAUUUGGUGAGUUACCAGUUAAUCAAUUGCAGGGCAGCCAUAAAGCCAAACACUUGCCACGUACUGACUCAAUUCAUGUAAGUAUUUUGUUUAUAUGUGACAAAGAAAAAAGCAGUAAAUAUUUCCUGUUUUAUAUUUU